AUGAUCACUGAGUUUCCCUGGAAUGAACGUUGGCUGAAUGGCUCUGAAUAUGAAUUUAUAAUUCGAAACUACGAAAAAUACUCCGAAAACUUUGGAUUCCAGAUUCUCACAGAUCAUCCAAGUUUCAUCUACACAGCUCCAUCCCAUGGAUUGUUAUACUUUCUUAAAGAAAACUCACUCCGUGGUCUUGGAUUCCCAAGAGUAAAAGGACUUAGAAAACGCUACAAAUGAAAGAAAAUGAACUUUGUUACAGCACUGCCUAAGCAGAAGCCUAAAGUUCAAUACUUAGUUGCUACUGGAAGAUUAGCUUCAGUAUGCUAUAGAAUGCACAUAGUAACUUUGGAUAAAAAAUCACCUCUACUUUGUCAUAUGCUAAGAAUUCAGAGUCAUUUUAAAUCUGGAAUCGGCAUCCCAUCUCGUAGGCAUUUUAAAGAAAAUGUACUACCGCCAUUUUUAGAAGGUGAACAAAAUAAUGAAAAUUCUGAAAAUCCAGAGCUGAAAUAUCAUAAAGUCCCAAGAACAAUUCAUCCUUUAACACAUGAAGCAAUAAUGUACACUUUAGCACCCUUUCGGAUGCCUCUUCGAGAUGCUAGUAUAUUUCUAAAUAAUUGCCAAUAUGAGCAAUUAUUAUAG